GAGAUUAUCAACACCACGAAGCAAAUCGCUGAUUUGGCCGACUGGCUCAUCUUCCACCAUGCACCGUCAGUUCCGUACUCGUACUCGCCAACCAUGUACAUCGACCUUGAAGGCGUAGACCUCUGUCGGGAGGGCUCCCUUUCCAUCCUCACCCUUCUAAUAGACACGGGCAUCCCGACCGGGCGCGUCUACCUCAUCGAUGUGCACACGCUAGGCGCACAAACGUUCACCACCGCCGGUGCCGAGCGGAAGACGCUAAAGGAUAUCCUCCAGGACGACAAGAUCCCAAAGGUCUUCUUCGACGUGCGCAACGAUUCAGAUGCCCUGUUUGCGCAUUUCGGCGUGGCGUUGCAGGGGGUCGAGGACGUCCAGCUUAUGGAGAGUGCGACGAGGAAGACCACGCCGUCUAGGAGGUUUCUGAGCAGCCUGACGAAAUGUGUGGAGAACAACUUCCUCAUGUCCUUUGGUAACAGCGGCGUAAGCUGGAAGCUGGCUAAGGAGAAAGGCGAGCGAUUGUUCAAGGCCGAACAUGGCGGCUCGUAUGCCGUUUUCAACCAGCGCCCAAUCCCAGAGGAAAUAAUUUCUUACUGUGUCGGUGAUGUCCAGUGCCUUCCUGAGUUGCGGCAUAGGUUCUGUAGUCUGCGGGCCUAUCAGUGGCAAGAUCUAGUACGUGAAGAAUCUAAGAAGCGCGUCGUAGCGUCUCAGAGAUCGGACUACCAGCCCCACGGCCCAGACAUGGCGAUGGCUCCGUGGACCGAAGAACAGAACAUCAUCUUGGAUCAGUGGAAU